CAUGAAUACGCCUACAUUGUGAAUGUAUUUACUAUACUGUAAAGCCUUAGUAUAACGUAUACGUCAACGUGCCCCGAGCAACCUUUAUCACCUGCUGGACGAACAAACACGAAACGGAACAAAACGGGAGCUUCAGUUGUCUGAGUAUACAUGUAACCUAGUGCCAAAAUAAUGGCGCAGGAUGGGCCAAUUAAACCCAAUCUCACAUUUGAAGAGGGAGUUGGUCUUGUUUGCAGACUCUAUACACUUCAGGAUGUUAAGUGCUUAAAGGAAUUCAUUAGCUACGACAACCAGAACUUGCUGAUUGAGGCUCGUCGACCCGACAGCGAACCUGGGAGACGGUUGGAAAAAUUUGUAUUGAAAUUAACUAACUCUAAAGAUUCAGAACACUUUGAGUUGUACCAGCAGUUGAAUGAAAUCUUGUUGCUGUUGAGAGGGAGGGGCAUACAAUGCUGCUGGCCAAUCCAGAAUGCAAGCGGCAAGGAUUUAACGUUGGAGAGACUGUCUUUCAAACACAAAGAUAGGGAGGAAAUCAUGACGGCCGAAUUCUUGACCCGGAUCAUGACCUACAUACCAGGUCAGUUCAUUGGGGGCGCACCACUGCUUACUGCUAAAAUGUGCUACGAAGCUGGACAGCUGCUUGGCGAUCUAUCAACUGCAUUACAAGGCUAUUCGGGUGACAAAACUCAAUUCAUAGAGAGGAGUCAAAACUAUACCUGGUCUCUGAACUAUACCCCUAGGCUAAGAAAUCACUUACAGGUACUCAAAGAGGACUCCCAGAGAAGAGUGAUUGGAGAAAUCCUCAGUGCAUUUCAAGAGAACGUCAUAAAGAAAAAAGACAAUUUGACAAAAGGAAUGAUCCAUGGUGAUUUCAAUGACUAUAAUAUUCUAGUUAGAGAAAAACCGUCCUCGUCUCUUUCUAACGGCACGGUGUGCCCUGGAGAUGACAAGGAUGUCGUGGGAGUUCUGGACUUUGAUGACAUCAUGUACUCCUGCAUCGUCUAUGACGUCGCCAUAGCGAUCAUGUACAUCAUGCAAUGCACCAACCUGGAGCGGGACCCCCUGGAGAGCGGGGGUAUCAUGCUGGCCGGCUUCCUGUCGAGGCAUGCCCUCACCGACGAUGAAUGGGCAGCCCUGUACUACUGCGUAGCGGCACGCUUCGCUCAGUCGCUGGUCCUGGGACUGUACACCCAUUCUCUGCAGCCCCAGAAUAAUUACCUGCUAAGCACUCAGAAAGUUGGUUGGCAGGUGCUCUUUGACCUAUGGGGUCAAGAGGUCAAUGACCUUUAUGGACAGUGGAGAAAACUUAUAAAGCAAUACAACAAAUAGAAACGUAUACAAUCUUAUAAUAAUAAUAAAUAAUAAUAAUAAUAAUAAUAAUAAAACAUGCAUUCCAGCCAGUACGUGUUCCCAAAUAUUGUUGUGUUUCUUACAUGACAAUACCAGUACAUGUAUUUUGUAUGAGUAAAGGAAUGCUUAUUGUCUAUUUCCUAAAAACAGUGACUACCUCACUCAACUAAAGAUAUUCUAUUAGGGAUAUGUGGCCUUUGUUAAAGGCCCACUGCACUACUUGUAGCUACUUGCGCCCUCUAUAUAACAAACAAUGCCUAAUCGGUGACCAUUGGUCCCCCAUGAUCCUCUUUUUCUUAUGUUAACUGAGAGCUGAGUUGAUGAGAUAACCACCUGUCCAGUGACCUUGCAGGGCAGUCUAAUCCCUCCUAUAAACUAUGGCAGAUAAGCUUUAAAGCAUGAUUGCCUCCUGAAACGCUUUGCAAAUGUUUAACUGGUGUCAACUUGAAUAUGGAUGUCCAUUUUUCAGUUUGGUACGAAAUUACUACAGUGCCUGAAAUCUGAUGAUAUAUAAAAUGUGGGCGACAGUGAAAUUCAGUUCAGUUCUGGUACCGUAUGCCCAAACU